CCUCGCACAGGCCUCCUGGGCUGCGUAAGCACGAGUCUGUGCGACUCAGAGUGCUUCCGGAAAAUCUUCGUGGUACGGUGUGGAACUGAAGGCGAGGACCGUGAUGCGACAUAAUGUAAUCUCGGCGCCUCGGCCGGUGCUCCAUCGACCGAAAAGCAAAACAACCUGGUGGUUGUCGCGUCCGACCGUAAUGUCCCGUGAGCGGCUCGUGCUGCGCAGCGAACCUCUGUCCGGCUCGCGGUCUUGUUGCGCGCCCUGGUUCCUGCAGCCGGCGCCUAGUGUACGUUACUCCGGCAUCCGCGACGCUCCAUCUGCAAUUGUAGGCGAUUAUAUCCUUGCUGCAUAGGACCACUGCUUGUUGCCUCCAACCGAGGGCCGGGCCUGAACGAUCCGAACUGU